AGCUGCUGACAGGCUGAGAGUGUUCUUUGGUGUUCUCUCCUGAAACGUGCUGAGGGUCGCUGUAUACGUUAGCAGUGGCCGUGGAUGCAGUCCGUGACGCCCUGGAGCCUUAUAUUGUGAAAAAUUCGUAAUGUCAGUUGUCGUUGAUGGUAGCGGUGAUGCCAGAAUGCAAGAAUAUUCCAAGCUGGCUGCCGACCUAGAACAGCAAGAGCUGGAGGCAAACAAUGGCGUUGCCAGUCCACAGGCUUAUGGUCAGCUGCUAGCCAUCUACCUCCUACAAAAUGAUCUGCCGAAUGCCAAGUUCCUCUGGAAGAGGAUUCCUCAAGAAAUCAAGCAGUCUCACACAGAGCUGGGAAACAUCUGGAAAGUUGGCCAAUGUCUAUGGUUCAAAAGAUUUUCCUGCAAUCUACGAUGUUUAUCCCAAGAAUGGCCUGACCAUGUCAAACCUAUCAUGCAGGAACUUGGAGGGUUGUAA